AUGAGUUCGUCAAAUGAAUCUCCUUGUGGAAAUCCUCCCAUAGUCGUAGGUGUUGAGAGCAAUUUUUCAACAAAUGCUCGCUCAGAGACUCCUAAUUCUAGUGGUACUCCUGCUACUACGGUUGGAGUGGAGAGUCCACCACCACCACCUGCAACUGAUGCUCCUCCUGCUACUGGUAAUGAUGAGGUACUUGAUACAAGAAAACUGAAGAUUGAUGUUUGGAAACAUUUUAAACGAAUUUUGAAGGCGAAUGGAGAUAUAAAAGUUGUGUAA